AUGACUGAUCUCCGCUGCGUCAUUAAAUUCAAAACCUGUGAUGGCAUAGCUCUCCGGGGCGAGUCGCUCAAUAUCCUGUUCCUAGGUCUUUCUGCUCUUAAGGAAUUUUUGCUUAAUAAUUUUGCCGCCCGUAUCCAGGAGGCAGGUUUCACAUCACUGAUUUAUAACAACCGUUGCUGGGGAUCCAGUGGCGGUGAGCCACAAAACAAGACGGACCCAUGGCGUCAGAUCGAAUAUAUCCAUGCUGCAAUCAGUUACUCACUGACCCUGUCUGAUAUCGAUCCGAAUCAGGCGGUGGUCUGGGGGAGCAGUGGUUCAGGUGGGAAUACCCUAACGGCCACUGCUCUUGAUCCACAAGUAAAGACCAUGAUCUCACAGGUGCCCUUCGUGUCUAGGAAGAGCGCUCAGCCCACAGCUCCAAAACAGUCCUCCGAGACGGUAGAGCAGGCCCGCACCUCAGAUCACAGGGUCAUACCUGGGACUAAGGAGUCCGCGGAGUUCUUUCAGGAUGUUUCACAGAAAAAACUUCCCCCAGACUUCAAGUGGAAGAACAAAAUUACCCUGCAGACCUACUAUCACAUAUUCAAGCACAAGCCGAUCCAGUACAUCCACCGUAUCAGUCCUCGGCCUAUGCUUAUGCUUGUGGCCAUGAAAGACUCAAUUAUCCCAACCGAUGUCACGAUGAAAGCAUUCGACGAGGCCGGAGAUAGCAAAGAGCUCGUGAAGUUUGACUGUGGCCACUUCGAACCCUACCAAGUGGAAGUUUUCAACCGCAACGUCCAGGUGCAGAUUAAACUUUUACGCAAACACUUCUCCUAG